AUGAUAUCAGAAAAUAAAGAAAAUGACAGGAAUAGUCAUAAAUUGGAUGAUGAUGGCGGAGGUGUAGAUAAUGGAGUUCAUUCAAUUGGAAUAAGGCCUGUAAUAUUUGGAGAACAUCUAGUUAUUGUCUUGGUAGUAAUAAUUGGAUUAUUUAUUGUAGAAGUUAAAAGCGACUUGCGUGAUAAGGAUUGA